AAAAAAACAACUGCUUGCAAUAUUCUUUCAAGAAAAAGGAAAAAAGAUAGGUGUUUUUAAGGAGAAGACAGGAAAUUAAAGUAGCCCAAAAAGCAUGGAAUUGGUGAGAGAGAGAAUCUGAGGAGAGAGAGAGAGAGAGAGAAAUAGGCAUUAAAUGUCCCAACAGAUACCCAUUUUCUUCGGCUUCCUGCAGACCCAAGAAUAUCUAUCUAUCUAUCCAUAUCUGUCUAUCUCCAUGAAUGCAUUUGCAGUUUGGUUUAAGAUUUCUUUAUGAGAAUGAGGCCAUCCAAAUGGGAAAGAAAUGAUUGAUUCCAAAACCAGAGAAGAAGAAGAAGAAGAAGAAGAAGAAGAAGAAAAAGGACCUUCCUUCCCUCAAAGGCCUCCACUAAACUGACUCACUCACAACUGCAGCUCAUCUGCCUUUGCCAGUCCGAUAUUCGUUAGUCGUAGUUGUCGCGAUGGCGACGAAGAUACAAGCCAUUGGAUUCUUGAGGGAGCACCAUUCUGCGAUCAAUCUUGAUGUAAGCCUGCCGUGCCGUGGAAAGCAGGCGAUGGAAAAUGGCGACAGUAAGCGCUGUCUGCAAGCUGACAUAGAGAAGGCGAGGCAGAUGAUUCUCGAGCACGAAUGCAUAUUUAGAAGCCAGCUGAAAGAAUUGCACCGUCUUUACGCCCGGCAGAAAGAGCUGAUGAAUGAGCUCAAAAGAAGAGAAGCAAACAGAGUCAAUCAUCUUUCGAGCUUUCCCUUCUCUUCGGCGAAUCAUUUCCAAGGUUCGAAAGGACAGUGGAAUGGCCAUUAUUCGAUGAUGCCGGGAUGCUCUUCAGUUUCAGGCAGCUGUAGCAAGCCACUUCCCACAUUUUUGGAGGGAAAAGUCGUACCAUAUUUCCCUUCGAUGCUGGACACGAGGAGCUUUAGUAGUCGCGAACCUUGGACGCCAGCUAAGGGCAGCAUUUGCCCGAAUGCGAUGUUCAGGAUGCCUGAUUCUUACGGAGAUACUAAGUUAUCUCUCGGUGCUGGUCAGACAUCUCAGUGUAAUGUCGAUACAAUUGCAUUUGAUCUGCAUUCGAAGAGACAAAACAAUGCAGGCAAUGUCUUUUGUAUGAACGGCGCAAGAGGCACGCCUGCGAAGCCAAGUCCAGCCAUUAAUCUUGCGACGAAAGAUUUCUUUAAAAGCAGCAGAAACCAUUGCCGGUCUGAUGACUGUGCCGAUCAAACGAGGUUUGACAAGCAUCCUUCAGCUGGGGACUUUUGUUCCGAGUAUUCACAGGUUUUACCUCAGAGGAAAAGGAAGCUUUUCGGGGUUGAAAUCGAUGAGUACAACAACAAUCCAUCGGAGAUGGCUUCUAAAACUGUCUCGUCCUCUUGGAUCGACAAAAGUUUUGCCAAAAAUCUUAAGCUUGGUGCAAAUGAUGGGAAAGAAUGUUCUGCUAUUGGAUCGAACAUCAACCAAGUAUCGAAUCAACCUUCAGAGAACGAUCACGGACAACAUUUACCUGCAGAAGUUCCGAUGAAAGAUCCCGAGCUAACAAAGGCUGCACUGCCAUGGUUUCUUAGGAACUCACCGGAGAGUUGUCAUCCGAGCAAAGAGGCGAAGAAGAGUCCAUAUUUCAUGAAUCUAGACUCUUUGCAGAACUGUUCUCAGAAAUUCUUCAGGAAAACCGAAACGGCUGAUACCACAUCGAUGCAGAAGAAAGAAACCGUGAGUGAGAGAAGCUCCAACGCUGCAAAAAUUCUUGGCUUCCCGAUCUCUGAAAUGCUCCCGCAAGUUGAGAAUAGAAGCUCCGGCGAUGAUCCUGCCGAGGUUAACACCUCCGGCGAUGCAAAUAAAGAUGACAUGAAGAAAGGAAUCAAUAGCAUCAUAGACUUGAACUUGUCUUUAGACGAGGAGGCUCUGCCAUCGGCUCCGUUUCUUCCUACAGCUAUAGUGAAAAUCGUUACGACUGAAAUAGACUUGGAGGCGCCGGCUGUUAUUGAAUCGGAAACAGAUGCUUUUCUUGUAAAAACAGGCUCAAGUGAGACGUAUUUAUCACCGGAUGAAGAAUACGAUCGAUCUGCUGCUGAGUCAUUGUUCGCGAUUUCAUUGCACCGGAAUUCAGCAGACAAUGAGCCUCCUCCUGUGGCCUCAACCAUCGGCGCUCUUGAAUGGUUUGUGGAAAUAGUUUACUCUCAGCAGCGGCGUUGCGGCACAGCUGCAAGACAAGAAUUCAUACCCGACGGUAUGGAUCACUUCGAAUAUGAGACAUUGAAAUUAGAAGAAACCAAGGAAGAACCGUGCCAAUACGAGGUGGUUGUUAUGAGCCAUCCAACGGACGAGGAGAUGGGGAACACGGCAUUCCUGAAACGCUCACGGAGGAGAGGGAGGCCAUGGAAGAACUUCCAAAAGGACAUACUUCCUGGGAUGAUCAUGCUGUCACGUCUUGAAGUGGCCGAGGAUCUACAGACAUUCGAUGAGCUAAUGAAAGCCGGAGGCGGCAGCAGCAGCAGCCGAAGCUCCACGAGACACAGUCGGGGGAGGAAGCGCGCCGGUCCAGCUCCUGCUGCGGUGCCGGCGCAGCAGCCUAACUGUCAGAUGGAGGACAGAAGCUUAACAGGGUGGGGAAAGAGGACGAGAAGACUGCCGAGGCAAAGAUGCCAUAAUGCUUCUUACGUUCCCUGUAAAAUGAUAAGCCAUCAUCAUCAUCAUAUUGGGAGUGGUUUUGAGGACAUUCUAGUUGGUGCUGAAGUUCAUCGUGUUAAUUGAUGUAAAUAUGAUCAACAGGUGAUUCGGUUAAGAUUAUAACUUGCCUGCAGGAUUCAGAUGUUGAAUGUAUACAGCUCUGAGUUCGGAUUAUUUCUCGCCGCCAUUGAUGUUUUUUUGAAGGUUGUAUGUUGUAAACAAGUCUGAGGAUCAAUUCUCCGCCGCCAUUUCCAACUUCGAGAAGCUUCGGUCGUGUUGCAGUAGAGAUUUCGAAUUGCAGCGAGGUCGGUGCAGCUGCCAUAGAAACGCCUCCAGAUUCGUGCAAGGACGAAGACACGGUGGAAGCACUGCUUCUGAAAGACAAGGAUGACAUUUCGAGGUUAAUGAAGAUGGAGCGUCGAUCGGAAAGCAGCGAUGAAUUCAA